AUGAGCACCAUUCAGAAUCUCAAGAACUUUAUACGUCACGGGAAGCAGGCCCGGGUUGCCGAACCACCCCGCGACCAUCCCACUACCAACGUCUCUCCAGUUCAUGCCCAGCAACAGAAGUAUCACCAUGGCGUCAGCGACCCUAUAGGCAACCAUCACAGACAACCACAGCAUCACGUACAACCUCAACCUGGUGAAUAUUCCGUCGGGGCCGGUGACAAUCGAAAUGUGGCUGCUCAGGCCGGGGCCGCCGCAGCCCACGCUGCGGGCAAGAACCAGAAGAUCCAAGCGGACAUCGAAGCUAUCGUUGCUGAAGAGAGGGAAAAGGCCAGCAAGAUGCCCCGAUACCCUGGGCUCGAACGGUUCAUCCUUCUGGAAAAGAUGGGGGAUGGCGCUUUCAGCAACGUCUACAAGGCCAGAGACACCCAGACCGGAGACGAGGUCGCCAUCAAGGUGGUCCGCAAGUUCGAAAUGAACAAUAAUCAGCGAGCCAAUAUUCUCAAAGAAGUCCAAAUUAUGCGCCAGCUGGACCACCCGAAUAUCGUGAAGCUCAUUGACUUUUCCGAGUCCCGGCAGUACUACUACAUUGUACUUGAGCUGUGUCCAGGCGGCGAGUUGUUCCACCAAAUUGUCCGCUUGACAUACUUCAGCGAAGACCUCAGCCGCCACGUCAUUACUCAGGUCGCCAAGGCUUUACUUUAUCUGCAUGAAGAGACCGGUGUGGUCCAUCGUGACAUCAAACCGGAAAAUCUUCUGUUUUAUCCGAUCCCUUUUGUCCCGACGCGCAACCCGAAGCCCAGGGGGCCGGACGAUGAAGACAAAGCGGACGAGGGAGAGUUCAUUCCAGGCCUCGGUGCCGGUGGUAUCGGCCAAAUCAAGAUUGCCGAUUUUGGUCUUUCCAAAGUGAUUUGGGAUUCUCAAACCAUGACGCCCUGCGGUACAGUCGGUUACACGGCACCUGAAAUCGUCAAGGAUGAACGCUACAGCAAAUCGGUCGACAUGUGGGCUCUAGGCUGUGUGCUUUAUACCCUCCUUUGCGGUUUUCCUCCUUUCUACGACGAGUCGAUUCAAGUCCUGACGGAAAAGGUUGCUCGGGGUCAAUAUACCUUCCUAUCGCCCUGGUGGGAUGACAUUUCGAAAUCAGCACAAGAUCUGGUCUCGCAUCUGUUGACCGUCAAUCCUGACCGGCGAUAUACGAUUGAAGAAUUCCUGAACCAUCCUUGGAUUCGGAAUGCCAAUGAACCCACCUAUGCUGCUGCAGAUGCUCCACCUCUGGCCACCCCUCUCCAUGUCCGCCAGAAGGAGAUUGCCCAAGCGGGCAACAUCCCUGCAGAACUCCUCACCACUCCCAACACCCCCGGUGCAAAGCGGGCAGACUUCCGAUCGCCUGGUGCUGUCAACCUCCGUGAAGUCUUCGACGUGGGCUAUGCCGUACAUCGACAAGAAGAGGAAGCCAAGAGGAGAAAGAACUUCAAGCAAGGCUACCGCGGAGCAGGCAUGCCCGGUGGAUUAAAUCCUCUGAAUGAGGAUGAGGAUGACGAGGAUGAAGACUACGAGGAAGAAGUGUCUAGCAAAGUGCCGAAAAACCAGCAACCGGCCGAUGUGUCGAGUAUGGAAGCAAAGAUGCGUUCAACCAAUCUCGGAACUCAGCCUUCUGCGGCGGCCCAAGCGCGAGCGGCGGCGGCGCCCGCCAGAAGCCAACAUCACAAUAGUCAGCAAGAACAGCGAGGCUAUGGCCAGCAUAGCGCAGCGGUAGCGGCUGCAGCCAAGCAGAGCGUUGGACGUCGCAAUAAGGAGCCGUUCGAAUUGAGCCUGGACAACUCGACAUUGUUGGGCAGGAGAAACAAGAUGGUGAACCCGGGCAAUCCAAACGCGCCUUCGAAAUUGAGAGAGGAACUGAGUGUGAGAUAA